AUGGAGACACAAGAACUAAAUAAUAAUAACCAAUAUCGCUGUAUUUAUGCUAUACUGUCAUGUUUAUUCCUAUCAAUUACAUAUGUCGCAAGUUUAUAUGUAUGGAGUUCACCACACACCAGAGAACACUCGAGUACAAUAAAAAAAAGAUUUUUCAGUGUGUUCAUCAUGGCUCUGAUAUCUCCAGUAUUUUUAUACUUUGGAAUGAGUAAUAAAGUACUUGAAAAGGUAACAAUUUGGGAAUUGCUGGGUCUUAAGUGGUCAGGAUUACUUCAGGCAAUUUUUAUACCACUAAUUCUGACAAUGAUCUUAUUCUUAGGACCACUUUGUCUUCAAGGACUAAAUGGUCAAUGGAAAUUGUACUUCGAGCCAAUGUAUUGGAUAGGAAAUGCUAGAACCUUGAUUUGGUGGAGAAAUCUAGUGGUUGCUCCAUUGAGCGAAGAAUGGACCUUCAGGGCAUGUAUGUUACCAUUGUUAUUACAAUGCUUUAGUCCGACUGCUGCCAUUUUUAUAUGUCCGUUAUUCUUUGGAGUCGCUCACUUUCAUCAUGUUGUUGAAAGAACAAAAGUUGGCAUGGAGCUCAAGAGUGCUGUCAUACUAUCCAGUACCCUUUCAAUUUGUAUAUACCACGAUAUUUGGAGCGUAUGCAGCUUUUUUAUUUGCCAAAACAGGUUCAUUAUUUAUUCAUUUAUCAGAACAAAAUUUUUCAACAAAUCUUUUACUGUUUCUACUUUUUUUCCAGGUCACUUUGUCGCUCCUUUUGCGGCACACUCGUUCUGUAAUCAUAUGGGAUUCCCAGACCUAACUGAAGUGCUGGCCUAUAAUAAUUUUCUAAAAAGAGCUGGAUUUUUUAGUCUCUUUGUGAUAGGUCUCGUUGCUUGGUGUUUUUUAUUAACACCUCUGACAAAUCCCACCUGGUUUAACAAUAAUCUUUUUUGGGAUAAAAAUUUUCUCCAAUUAAUAACUUGA